AUGGCUGCUGUUGUCCACUCGGGAUCCAAAGAUGUGCCUGAUUUCCCCGUUCCGAACGAGCGGCAGGCUGCCGAAGCUGCACCGCUGCCGACCCACGGGCAAGACAACUUUUUGGACCAGGAGCUAAACGCGUACUUGGAUCGUCACUGUGCCGAACUCAAGGCACUGCUCGAGGAAUGUUUUGCUGCCGUGCGCAUGCGCGAGACUGACGCCAUCGCGCUGAAUCCCGUCGCGUUGAAGCCUUGUACGAACCAUGUGCGGUCCAUGAAGGUCACGCUUCGCAAUGCCAACGACGUGUUGCCGGAGUUGGAAGGGACGUGCGUCUGCCAAGUCCAAGGGCGUGGAUCAGAUUCUUGCUUGCUGGACGUGGGAAAUGAUGUGGUGCACGAUCAAGCUGCCAUGCUAUGGGAUGUGCACGAGGGCGAUGGAAUCCGGAUUUCUCUCUUCAAGGAAGGAGCAAUUCCUGAGAAUUUGCUGGGCGGCAUCACGCUGGACCCCGAAAUGAUUAUGUUUGACUAUGAUGACACGGUCCAGCUGCCGCUUUUGGGUGGUGGCAAGGCUGAGCUGCUUCUCAAAGUGGAAGCCGUGGACUCGCCCACUACGCCUCAGGCUCAAAAGGGGAUGUCCAGAAGUCCGCAAGGCCGAAGGUGGCAGCUCCUCGACAGUCUCCCACAAGAAGUUAAAACCGAGUCGGCUGCAGAAGUUGUACCAGAUGCCUCCAAAGAGGUGCCCCUUCCCCGGGACAACUUCGCGGCACAGAUUGUCAAGAGCCACUUCUUUGAUCGCUUUUGUGCCUUUCUUAUUCUUAUCAAUGCAGUGAGCAUUGGUGUGGAGGUUGAGAUGGUUGCUACCGGCGUCGUGCCGGCAUCCUCGAUGACCUUCCGCAUCUCGCAGAUCCUUUUUGCCAUUUUGUUUGGUCUUGAGCUCGCCCUCCGCAUGGCAGCUUAUGGAGGCCGCUUUUUCUCGGAUCGUGUUGACAAGCCUUGGAACAUCUUCGACACGUUGAUCGUGACAUUGUCAACGGCUGAAAUUAUAUUAAGCCUGUUCAUCAGGGACAGCACUGCAACUUUGUCUGUGGCGCGUUUUGCAAGAAUCAUUCGGGUGGCUCGCAUCAUUCGUGUGACCCGCUUCUUUCGGCAGCUGCGUACGCUGGUAUACACCAUACUUAACACGUUGACUUCUCUUUUCUGGACGGUUCUGGUGAUGAUUAUCAUCAUCUAUCUUUUCUCUGUGGGCAUAACAGCAGCUGUUUCCGAUCAUCUGCAGCGACACACAGAGCCCUCUGUACAAAGGGACCGACUGUGGGAAGACUUCGGCACGCUCGCAAGAACAGCCUACACUUUGUUCAAAGCAGUGUCAGGCGGUGUCAGCUGGGGAGAACCUGCGGCUGACCUGCUCCCCCUGGGAUCUGUCUAUUUGUUCCUGUUGCUUAUCUAUGUGAUGUUCAUGCUUUUCUGCAUGGCCAACGUUGUUACGGGCUUCUUUUGCGAACAUGCUUUCGAGAUGGCACAGGCUGACAAGGACCAAGUCAUCAUGGACCAGCUCCGACUACGCGAAGAACACAUCCAGGCGUUCAGGUCCAUGUUUGGGCACGUCGAUGUGGAUGCCGAGGAGAGUAUAUCGUUCCGUCAGCUGGAGAAGCUGUUAAGUCGAGAGGACGUGCAAGCUUAUUUGUCACAUCUGGACAUCACGGUGGAGUCCACCUGGAACAUGUUCAAGCUUCUGGACACAGAUGGCAGCGGAGAGUUGUCAAUCGAGGAGUUUGUGGACGGCUUGUUGCGAUUGAAGGGGCAAGCAAAAACGAUUGAUUUGGUUGGCAUCAGCUACGAUAUUCGGCGGCAAGCCGUCGUCCUGGCCGACUUCAUGGACUUUGUUGAAGAUCAGUUUGAUGAGAUUUUGGCCAGGCCAGGCGUUGGUUCAGGCCUUCCAAGAGUGCCGCAUCAAGGCCAUCAGGUGGGAAGUCGGAGAUCCUUGCAACAUCGAAGAAGCUUGUCUGUGGGACGCCGGGCGACAGUGGCUGCAACACGCUCCAGAAGGACCCACGUGAGCCACCAAUGA